AUGAACAUCCUUGCUCUGGAACACGAUGUUGACGAUGGGAGAGAUGCGGACGGCAAGGGCAGUCAAGAGAAUACCGAAGGGCUGGAAUCGGGCAAUAGGACCCGGCCCAAGCUAGAUGAAAGCUCCUUGCAUGUGUUGAACACGGCAGGACCGUCAAGUCAGAACAAACGAAAGAAACGGAAGUCUGUCGUCUUAGGGCGGAAAAAGAAGCGCUCCUCAGGCCCUCGCGAGACUGAAGUUGCACCAGCAGACAUGCCUGCACAGAAUUCCGAAGUUUUAGGUCCAUCUGAAGCGGAAUUAAUUUCAUCAUCUCUGCCGCCAGGUCAACGUCGGACUCGGAGCAGCUUUGAGGUCAAAGCACCAGGCGAGGGUGAGGGAAGUCCCAACUCUCAUCGUGCACGAUCUCCAAAGGAAAUUGAAGAAGACGAUGAUGGGACGUAUAUCCAAGAGAGUUCCCCAGAACCGCAGACACCAGCAGCGACCAAGAGAGCUAGCAAGGUGCCCCAUUAUCGCACAAACCCAAAUCGAGACACUCGGGCUGCCGGGACCAAAGGGUCGAAGCCCACAUUCCCGAUUCUGACUCAUCGCUUAACUAAUGUGUCAUAUCUUCCAACCAUCCAUGAAGCUAGCGAUGAUGAGAGUCGCUUCGAGAACGCAAUGGACAUUCCGAACGACCGUAGCCAACCUAAUGUCGUGGAUGUACUGUCUCAGAUCUGUCGAGAAACAAUCGAGAAUCUUGUUCAAGAUAUGUCCGAAAAUGUCCAGCCUUCGGAACGCGCAGCAUUAAAAAACAAGCGAAAUGCCCUGGAGGAGUUUGGCCGGGACUUGAACGACGAACUGUUCGAGCUGUCGGAAGCCGUGGAGAACCGGAUCAAUCUGGAAGCUCGACUUCGGAAGAGCAAGAGAGACAAAGCGUCCUUGCAAACGGAAUGGCUCGAGUUAAGAAAGGAACGGGAGCAAAUUGCCCUUAGAUGUGACGAUGUUCGACGACGUCAUUGGGAAUUUGAGGAGCAGGCUAGAGAGCGAUGGGACCUGAGCGAGGCUGCCAGACGGGCGGAGCUUGAGCUGGAACGAGAUGACCAGCCCAACGAAGAUGGGCUGGAGUUUCUGCUCCGGAGUGUAGUCAGCAGCGUGAGCAGUGCUUCUGAAGCAGGAGGUUUGUUGGACAAAGUGAGAUCGUUCAAUUCGCAGUUGGAAAGAAUGGCAGCGGUCCUUGAAGGGAGGGUUCGCGACUAG